AAGCGCCGCCGGGACCCCUCAGCAGCCAUGUAGGGCCCGCGGCCGGGGCGGGAGGCGAGGCGCGGCCGCCGCCAUGGACGGCAGCGGCGCCGCGGCUGCGGCGGGGCCGAACGUGCCCAACCUCACCCCGCGGCACCGGCAGCUCAUCCCCACGCCCUGCGGCCCCAUAAAGCCAUGUUCAGAGCUCUCAUUCCCUGUGAAGAUCUACUUCUGUGUCACUAUUUUGUCCCUGCUGAGUGUCAUAGGGCUGACCAUCGAGACGCUGGUGCGCCAGACUGAGGAGGAUUUCACCAUUUCCUUCAUUCAGUUGGUUGGAGUUGUGUUCUGUGUGUAUUAUGUGAGCAGGGGCAUCCUGCAGGAGAACCGCCAGGAGCUCUCCGUGUUCGUGCUCUCCAUCCUGCUCGUGAUGCUGCGCUCCAUCAUCAACUUCAGCCUGCUCCCUGCUGAGCAGAAGCCAAAACUCCUGGCCCGGUUUGUGCUGAUCCUGCUGGUGGGCUCCUUCGAUGUCAUCUGUGCCCUCAUCCUCAUCCAGAGCCAGUCCAUGAUGGCAUUCCGGGUGGGGGGAGCCCUGGAGAGCCUCCAGUCCCAGUACUUCAUGCUCAACCUCUGCUUUUCCAUGCUCACUUUUGAUCUGCAGGCACAGCUGUGCCUGUGCAUCCUCCUGAUCAGCCUGCACGAGGUCACCCUGCUGCACAACAUCAUCUCAGCCACGGGCGUCGUCUGGGGCUGCCUGAAGGUCACCGUGGGCAUCAUUGCAAUUUUAAAAGAGCUGAAACCUCUGGUGUGGGUUUUCCUGAUUCAGAAUGUGCCUGAGGUGGUUUAUCUCAUCUACCUGCUCUACACGGUGAUAAGGGAGUGGGGCAAAGGCAAUUCUUACACCCUGGAAGCUGCUUUCAUCACUGGCUCCUGCAUUUCUGUCACAAUAAAAUCUGUUCUGUUCUGGGCUCUGGUUCACGUCUACCGCAGCUUCGGGCAGGGGCUGAGGGAGAGAAUGUUUUCUUCCUAUGGAAGGAUCGACUCCUGAGCCCUCCCCCUGCAGCUCUCCCACAGUGAAGCCACCCCAGGAGCUCCUGCCCGAGGACCUGCAGUCAGGGUGGCAGUAAAGGGUCACUUUCCCAGGAUGGAGGAGGUUCAGGAAGGUGUCACACGUUUCUUGGAGCAGUGCAGGUGGGACAGAGCUUAAAAAGCAAAACUUGUUUGGGAAAUUCCCAGCUGAUCCUGCUGACAGGACCAAGCAUCUUUUACUCCUUUUCCUGCUGCUGCUGCUUUGGAAGCACAGGGGGUUCACACCUGCAUGUGAGUGGGGAAUGCUGCUCCUUUCAAUGCUUUUGGCCUGGAUAGACACAAAGAGCACGAAGGAAAUUUGCUCACCCAUUCUCUGUACCCGAGUCUAGAAGGGGAUUGUGCUGCCAUCAUUUCCCAGCUUGGAUCCACUGCACAGCAGGUCCAGCCCUGAUGGGUUGGUGACAGUGGUGUCCCCUCUCUAAGGCUUCAUUUCCUCCUCUGGCUUCUGAAUAUUUCAAUUUUUUUUUUUUUUUUAACCCCAGCUACACAUGAAAACUCCUUGUAACCUCACCCCUCCCUCGGUGUAACCAAGGUGCCAUUUCAUACCAGUGGGACUGUUACAAUUAAGCCUUUAAUAUUGUAAUUUAAAAGUUUGGUAUUUUAUUGACUGGAACCUUUAACUACUGGCUAUUUUUAAAUAAAGUAUAAGCACAGUU